AUGACUUCAACAGAGACAACACAGAAAACAACAAUAGCACACACUUCUACUGAGAUUGACUCUACAAUAGAAAUGACUUCCAUAGAGACAACAGCGAUAACAUCUCAACCAACCACGUCUACUGAAAUUGCCACUAUCACAACAAUACAAUCAACAGAGACAACACAGACAACACCUCAACCAACUCCGUCUACUGAAGUUGACACAAUCACAACAGUACAAUCAACAGAGACAACAACGCUAAUAUCUCAACCAACCACGUCUACUGAAGUUGACACUAUCACAACAAUACAAUCAGCAGAGACAACACAGACAACACCUCAACCAACUCCUUCUCCGUCUACUGAAGUUUACACAAUCACAACAGUACAAUCAACAGAGACAACAACGCUUAUAUCUCAACCAACCACGUCUACUGAAAUUGACACUUUCACAACAAUACAAUUUGCAGAGACAACAACGCUUACAUCUCAACCAACCACGUCUACUGAAGUUAACACUAUCACAACAAUACAACCAACAGAGACAACAAAUAUACCAACAAUAAAUUCCACGUCUACGGAAACUGUUAGUACGACAGACGUGACAUUUACAAAUGCAAAUAAAGAAACAACGAUACUAACUACUUCUACUCAAUUAGGAGCUACAACUGAAGACGAAUCACCCACUACAUCACUCGAAAUAACGCUACCACCCACUUCUAAUGAAAUGGACACAUCGACAGAAACAACAACAAAGGAGACAACACAGACAAUUGCCGUUAUUUCUACUGUUGUCGAUUCGGAAACAACACAAAUGACCACAACUCAAUUCACUACUAAAGGUACGGAAACAACGACGGAGUUAAAGAUUUCAACUAGAGAUUUGAAAGUUGAAACGACAUUGGAAACUUUAGUCACAGGUACAUUUCUAAAUAUCCAGCUUUCUGAUUUAGAUCUAUCAGCAAAUAUAUCCAACACCCUUUAA